GGCUGGAUGGAGCCUGGCUGCUGCUGCGGGUGUCCAGGUAGCGGUACGGCUCCGGACUGUAGCUAUGCGGGCACGAGGAUUGGCGAGGCCUUGGACAAGCUCUACCGAGUUAAGUACGCCAAGAGCGGCCGCGCUUCAUGCAAGAAAUGGAGCGAGAGCCUCGCCAAGGACCCGCUGCGGAUGGCCGUCAUGGUGCAGAACCUUACAAGUCAGCGUCAUUCCCGUGCCUGGCAUUCAGGUCGGGCCUAAUUUGUGGUUCAAAACAGUAUUUCCCCCCACUUUCUGGGUUCCCUGACGCGUUCUCUUUGUGCGUCUGCAGCUGCCUGGUCUGAGUGAGCGUGGCUGGGGGUUCUCCCCUCGGCUUCUUAGUAGACCGGGUACCCCUCAGCCUCAGGCUUCGGGACAGGAUGGAGUUGAAGGUCGGGGGCCCCCUCCAUUUCCCAGGCUUCAGGACGGGGUGCGGUUGAUAGACUGGGGGACCCCCUCCUUGUCUUCAGGCUAAGGGGCUGGGAAGGAGUUGAUAAACUUGGGUGGGGGGUGGGGGGUUGCUGCCCGUCUCCCUAGGCUCAGGGAAGAGUGGGUGAGCCGGGAGGUGCUCACGGGCCCUACUUCCCCAGCUCCCAUCCAGCAUGGGUGUAGUACGGCUUUCACUUGCCCCUCCUCCCCUCCUGCCCCUCCUCCAAAAUAAAGCUGUUACCAAAUGUGGUGUUCAUGGUCAAGGUAAAUGAUUUUAUUCUCCCAGCAGUGAGGCAGUAAUGUGUUUGGGUAUGACUGGAUAGUCACUGCUGGAUUUUCACUACUUGUACAGUGGAGGAGAGUGGGUUCCAAAUGCCAAGUACUUAGGUCAUCCUAUUUCCUUGGAAACUGCAGUCAGUGUGCCCCCUCAGCCUACCUAGGUCACUACUUGGCACUCAGUACUUACUCAUUCUUUAAACACUGAGCACCUGAUGAGUUCUAGGCAUUGUGUUGGUACUAGAAACACAACGACUGCCCUUGGCAGCAUCCAGUUUGAUUAAAGGGAAGAUGACUGG